CAAUCACCUAGCAACACCACCUGUUUGGCCGUCGAGCGAGUUGAAACUGCGGUCAAAAUAUAUUUUUUAGAUUUAAAUAGUGAAAAGCUAAAAAUUUCUUUGACAAAAUGGCAGAUCCAGAAUUGGAACAAAUCAGACAACAGCGAUUAGCUCAGUUACAAGCUAAACAUGGGGGAACAGGCGAUCCGAACCAGGGUAAGCAGCAGGAGGAGAGAAUGCAAGCUAUGGAAGAAGCAAAACACACGAUUCUUGCGCAAGCCCUGAGUCAAGAUGCCCGGGCCAGAUUGAACACAAUAAAACUAAGCAGACCAGAGAAAGGUGCCAUGGUGGAAAACAUGAUCUGCAGAAUGGCUCAAAUGGGACAAGUACGCACCAAGAUCUCUGAGCAAGAACUGAUCCAACUCCUAGAGUCGGUCAACCAGCAGAUGGGGAAAUCAACCAGCACUGUUAAAUUUGACAGGAGGAGGGCGGCCCUUGAUUCUGAUGAUGAUUUGUAGCACCGCUUGGCCACUUCACUGUAGUCUGUUUGUUUAGGUUAAAAGAAUGUAAACAAACAAAAUCACGCUUAAGAGGAAAGGGGACAGUUGCUUCUCCAUACAAACAUAGUCCCCAC